AAGCUCCAAAAGAGAAGAAGGAGGAAGGAGAAGACCAACAGCCGCAAGGUGUUUAAACGCCUUUAUCACUUAAUUAAACCUCCAUCUUUUCUUCAUAAGCUUUAAAUUCGUACUGUAACCGGCCGGCGGAGCAGCUGGCCGAACCCGUUUUAGAUAUUUUCUCCAUCGGUUCGAGGCCCAGGCGGCUGCCAUGGAUUUUUAAGGCAUAAUGCGGCGACUCUAAUGCAACGGCAAUGCAUAGUGCAAGGCAACAUAAAGUGCGAAACUCCAUCUUCGCAACUGCUAAGCAGUUGGGCUCAAAUACCGUCCGCGGUAUCCCUGCGAGCCAGCCGGUCCCCCUGCUGCUGGACCGGAGGAAGCUAACGCUAGCUAGCUAGUCACCUUAGCUAACACCACCGAUUUAAAGAGUAACCCAUCGAUUCAUUUAACACUUAUUGAUCAAAAUGAAGCCUCAAGACAUCACCGCCACCAAGCCCAGCCUGUGGAUCUUCGGGUACGGGUCCCUGGUGUGGAAGCCCGACUUCAAGUACAAGAGGAGCCAGGUCGGUUACAUCCAAGGCUACAAGAGACGCUUCUGGCACGGAGACAACUUCCACCGCGGGAGUGACGCGUUGCCCGGAAGAGUGGUGACGCUGAUUGAAGAUGAUGACGCGAGCACUUGGGGUGUGGCGUUCGAGGUGACUGGCUCUCAAGUCGAGGAGUCCCUGAAGUACCUCAACGUGCGUGAGACGGUCUGCGGUGGCUACGUCACCAAGAUGGUGGAUUUCUUCCCCGAGGGGGAGAGCCAGCCUCCGGUUCAGGCGCUGGUGUACAUCGCCACCUCAGACAACGCUCUCUACCUGGGGCCGGCCAGCCCAGAGAUGAUCGGCGCCCAGAUUGCGCUGUGCAGAGGGAAGACGGGCCACAACCUGGAGUACCUGCUCCGCCUGGCUCAGUUCAUGAGGAGCAGCUGCCCGCAGGUGGAGGACCAUCACCUGUUCUCCAUCGAGGCAGCAGCUCUGACCGUGGUGUCCUGUCUGUUAGCUGCACAGUAGCUCGUACCCUUUUUCUCACUAGCUUGCAUAGCUGAUUAACACACUACACACACACACACACACACAGAGGCUUUCCACCUGUCAUGCUAGUCCACAUCUGUUUAUGUUGUGACAUCAUUACACACUACAUCCAGUGUGCUUGAAUUCAUUGAUUGCGACUGAAGUAAAAAGGGAAGCAUUAGUUUUAAGUGUUUUUCUGAAGCAUGACCUCAUUGUACAUCAUUUGUGACUGAAUGUUCUUCACUGUAACAUCUGUGCAGUUCUGUUUUAUUAAAAUGCACAUCAACGUUUUGUUAUUUGCACAAUUUAGGUUCCGUCCAAUCCAUUCAGACGGUACAGCAAGUUAUUGUGGUAGUUGAACCUGUUUGCAUCUCACCAAAAGGGUGCUUUGAUGGUUUUUGUUUAAAACCUGUUUUUAUAAAGUUGCUUGUAGCAACUUUUUCAUCAAGUUGCAAACACGAAUAAAACGUAAAAAGAAA